CAAUCCUUCUUCCAAAACGUGUUUUUCUCUUACCCUGUUUCACUAUGGUAAGUCUAUUAUAAGUGUUUAUAUUUGACCUGUCAGGACGGUUUUCGCGGGAAAUUGCGCACAUGCGUCACUCGCGCGUGUGUCUCGUCAUAUCCGUAAAUAGAGAGAAGUAGCUCCGGUCACUUUGCGCGUGUCUGGUGUGGGAACGAGAAAGAUUGACAUGGAGCCGCUAAAUCUCCGGCGAAUCACCCGUUUUAAACAAACGCUGAACAGAGGAGAGUGCUGGAGAAAAGAGAACGAGACACAGAUCGUAAUAAAACAAGAAUCAAUUCGCUUUUCGGAGAUGGCGGGAACUGAGGGUUUGAAGUGUUGUAAAAGCGAUGAAAGAGAUGAUGGUGUUUUUAUCACUCAGCAGAACAGCCUGAUGCACCAGAUAACUGAAGCUGCUUCAGAUGAACGCUCUGACCGAUAUGAACGUCGAAACAAACUCUCUUGAGCUGCAGUCAUGUGACUCUUACCUGUACGAGUGUCUCCAUCAUCUGGACACAAACAAAACGACAUCAUCCCGCAGGAAGUGAUGUCAUGAGCUGGUUUUGAUGAAUUCGGUGAUGUUGGUGAAGUCGAAUCACAGAUCAGUAUUUCACACCGGCGGUCAUCAGAGAAAGGGAAGCCCUGCGCGGCUCCAGAGCUUCACCCGCAGCCGGCUCUUCCUGGCAGCUCCGGCGAUCAUCACAGGUCAGCCUCGUCGUCUUUCACCUGGACACUCACAGUCAACAGUUAAAGUUACACUGUAGUAAAUAAAUUAAAGAUGCCCUCGAAGGAGAAAAAAACACGGCAGGCACAGGAAACCGAAGAAGACGAGGACGAUGACGGAGAGGAGAAGAAAUCAAAGUCGAGAAGGAAAGGUAAGAUCAGCGGUCCAGAUUGUGCCACAAAGAAGAAACCGAAACACACUGAGGACACAGAGACGGUCAGCGAUGCAUCCGAGGUGAGGAAGAGCCGCAGAGGGACCAAGAAGAAGAAAAGCUCUAAACCGGAGGAUGAGGAGGAGGUGAAGAGCAGCAGCGAGGACGGUGAAGAUGAACACAAACACAAGAAGAGACAACAAAACCUUCCAGAUGUCGUUCAAGUGAACAAAGACAGGAAAAAGAGCAUCAUGGGAUCCAAAGACAAGAAGUCCAAAGACGAGGGGAAGAAGAAGAAGAAAGCCGAGAAAGAAGAUACGGAGCCAGAGGAGGAGGACGACGACUCCCAGAAGAAGAAGAAGAAGAAGUCCAAGAAAGGAACCGCUGACAGUGACGACGAGGGCAAGAAGGGGAAAGGCAAGAAGAAGAAAUCCAAACACGUUGAUUAUGUGGAGAUCUACGAGAACGAACUGAGGAACUAUGAGCCUGAAAAAGUGGAGAACUAUGAGGACGAGUACCACAAGAAGAAAGUCUAUGAGGUGGUGACCAUCACCGGAGACGUCAACGGCGCAGGUACAGACGCCAAUGUCUUUAUCACGCUGUUUGGUGACUAUGGCAUCACUCCCAAGUUGCACCUGGCCAGCAACACAGAGAAGAGGAAUCGAACUGCUUUUGAAAAAAACAAGACUGAUGUCUUCCGGAUAAAAACACACAAUGUCGGCCCGCUGAAGAAAGUUAGGAUUGAACACGAUAACACGGGUCUGAACGCCAGCUGGUUUCUGGACCGGGUCGUGGUCACGGACAUGAACAGGCCACAUUUACGCUUCUACUUCGCCUGCAACAACUGGCUGAGCAGGACCGAGGGCGACAGCCUGUUCGUCCGGGACCUGCUGGGCAGUCUGGAUCCCAUGGACAUGCCCAAAUAUAAUAAAUAUGUCGUGAGUGUGUUCACGCCUGAUGUGAAAGGAAGUGGGACGGAUGCUGAUGUUUUCCUCAAUAUUUUUGGUGAAAAUGGAGAUACAGGCGAGAGAAGACUCGACAACGAUAAAAACAACUUUGAGAGGGGAACAGAAGACAAGUUCACCAUAGAAGCUCCAAAUCUGGGCAGAAUCCGGAAAAUCACCAUCGGCCACAACAACAGAGGCUCUUCGGCUGGAUGGUUCGUGGAGAAGGUCAUACUGGAUGAUUUGGGAAACAAAGCCGUGUACGAGUUUCCCAUCAACCGCUGGUUUGCCAUCGAUGAAGAUGAUGGGAAGAUUCAGAGAGAUAUUCUGGUUGGAGGAAGUCAACCCACGGGGAUCGUCUACAACGUUCAGGUGGUGACGGGGAACAUCAGAGGUGCCGGAACCAACUCCAAAAUCCACAUGAUCAUGCACGGCUCCAAAGGCCUGAAGAACAGCGGCAAGAUCUUCCUGGAGGGAGGGAAGUUCGAGCGCGGCCUCACCGACAUCUUCAACGUGGAGAUCGCGGCGCUGCUCAGUCCGCUCAGUCGCGUCACCAUCGGUCACGAUAACGGCGGGGUCAGUGCCGGCUGGUACUGCGACAAGGUGGUUGUCUUCUGUCCGUUCACCGGCAUCGAACAGACGUUCCCCUGCUCUAGAUGGCUGGAUGAGAACGAGGGCGAUGGGAUCAUCGAGAGAGAGCUCUAUGAAAUGGUCUCGCUCAGACACAAGAGGCAGAAAAAACACCCCUGGUCCCUCUGGAUUUGGACGUCGGAUCUUGCAGGCGCAGGAACAGACGCCUCCGUCUUACUCCAGAUAUACGGGGAGAAGGGCAAGUCUGACGAGAUGAGACUCGACAACAAAACAGACAACUUCGAGCAGGGCCAGCUGGACAAGUUCAUGGUGGAACUGCCGGAUCUCGGGAAGCUGACGAAGUUGAGGAUUUGGCACGAGAAGAGGAACCCCUUCGCCGGCUGGCAUCUGAGUCGAAUCUCCAUAAUGAAAACUUUAACGAAGGAAACCUUCAAGUUCCCGUGCGAGCGCUGGCUGGACACUAACGAGGACGAUAACGAGGUGGUGCGGGAGCUUCCGGCCACAGGAGAGCUGAUCCCAGAGCCGCUGCCAGUUAUCAAGUAUCGCGUCACGGUGUACACGGGGAACGUGAGCGGCGGCGGGACAGACGCACACGUGUUUCUGAGUCUGAUCGGAGAUCAGGGCGACACGGGCGACCGCGCUUUAAUCAACUGCAAGAACAACGUCAACAAGUUCGAGAAGGGCAACGCGGAUGAGUUCAUCAUCGAGGCCGUGUCGAUCGGUCAGGUGCGGCGGGUGCGGAUCGGUCACGACGGCCGCGGCGGAGGAUGCGGAUGGUUCCUGGAUAAAGUGCUGAUCAGAGAGGAAGGACAGGCCGAGUCUCAGGCCGUUGAGUUCCCGUGUAACAGGUGGUUCGACCGUAAUGAAGACGACGGGCAGAUCGUUCGUGAGCUGGUGCCGUUCGCAGACGGACAGAGACUUUACAACGUCAGCUAUCACAUCGCCGUGAAGACGGGGAACGUCAGCGGAGGAAGCUCCGACUCUAAAGUGUUCGUGAAGUUCUACGGCGAGAAGGGCGACACCAGCAGGAUGAUGCUCGCCGUGUCCGACAACAACCUGCGCAACUACUUCGAGACGGGACGGGUGGACGUGUUCACCGUCGACACCGCCGACAUCGGCCAGAUCAACCGGCUCCUGAUUGGUCACACUAACGAAGGCAUGCGCGCCGGCUGGUUCCUGGACAGCGUUCAGAUCAUGGUUCCCAAUCACGGAAGACACUACAUGUUCCCCAGUCACCGCUGGCUGUGCCGAGAAGAGGCUGAUGGGAAGACGGAGGUGGAGAUUUACCCCAGUGAAAUACUGGACGUUGAACAAUUGAUCAACUACGAGGUGACGGUGGUGACGGGGGACGUGUUCGCCGGAGGCACCAAUGCCAAUGUCUUCAUCCAGAUAUACGGAGAUCAGGGGAAGACGGAGGUGCUGAACCUCGGCAGCAGAUCCAAUAACUUUGAACGAGGAACAACAGAGAUCUUCAAGGUUGAAGCUAAAGACGUGGGGAAGAUCUUCAAGAUCCGCAUUAGCAAUGACGAGACGGGCAUCGGAGCGGGAUGGUACCUGGACCGGGUGGAGAUCAAGCGUCUGAUCAUGGCCAUGGUGCCCAAAGAGAAGAAAGAAGACAAGAAGAAAAAGAAGAAGAAGAAGAAGGCGGAGGAGGACGAGGAUGAGGAGGGCGGUGAGGAAGAGCUGCGUGAGGUGGUCCAGUCCUACUUGUUCCCCUGCGACCGCUGGCUGGCGUCUGACGAGGAGGACGGAGAGAUGGUGGUGGAGCUUCUGCUGGAGGACAGCGAGGAGCUGGAGGAAAACACGUAUGAGGUCAGCGUCUUCACGGGAAACAUGAUGGGGGCCGGAAGCGACGCCAACGUCUUCAUCAACAUCUACGGGGAGAACGGAGACACCGGGGAGCGACGGCUGAGGAAGUCCAACCAUCUGAACAAGUUCGAGCGCGGACAGGAGGACACGUUCUCCAUCACCGCCGUGGAACUGGGGCCUCUGAAGAAACUGAGGAUCCGUCACGACAACAGCCAUCAGUCGGCCUGGUACCUGGACCGGGUGGAGAUCGUGGACACUAAAGACGACACCACGUAUUACUUCCCCUGUAAUCGCUGGUUAGCAGUCGAUGAAGACGAUGGUCAGAUUGCCCGAGAGCUCGUUCCUGUGGAUGAAGCCUUCAUGAGGAAGGACGAGGAUGAGGAGGAGUCUGGGGCCACGCUGGGAUUGGAGCAGAAAGCGAUGUCGACAACAUACACCCUGAGGAUCAAGACCGGAGAAAAGAAGCACGCUGGAACAGACGCCAAUAUCUUUGCGAUCCUGUACGGAGAGAUUGACGACACAGGAAUCAUCAACCUGAAAGCCUCUAAAUCUCACAAAAACAAGUUUGAGAAGGGAAUGAUCGACGAGUUCACCGUGGAGGCCGUCGAUCUCGGAGAACUUCAGAAACUGAGAAUCGGCCAUGACGACUCGGGAGGGUCGGCGGGUUGGUUCUUGGACUGGGUGGAGAUUGAUGCUCCUUCUCAAGGACAGAGGCUUCGCUUCCCAUGCGGCCGCUGGCUGGACCGAGGAGAGGACGAUGGAGCCGUCGUCAGAGAUCUGUAUCCUGCCGAGCUGCAGACUGAACUUUACACACCAUUCGUUCCCUAUGAGAUCACCACCUUCACGAGCGACGUGUUCGCCGCGGGGACGGACGCGAACGUGUUCAUCGUCCUGUACGGUCAGAAGGGCUUGUGUACGCAGCAGAAGUACCUGUGCGUCAACAAGAGAGAACGACGCUUGUACUUCGAGAGAUCAGCAGAAGACAUGUUCAUCGUGGAGCUGGAAGACAUCGGUGACAUCAUAGAGAAGAUCCGGAUCGGACACGAUAACAAAGGGACGAAUCCCGGCUGGCAUCUGGACAGAGUGGAAAUCAGAAGACUUUUAAGAAAAGGAAAGGGUUCGGAGACCACCAUCUUCCCCUGCGAGCGCUGGCUGGCCCGCUCUGAGGACGACGGAGAGACGGUGAGAGAGCUGGUGCCGUCCGACAUCAUCACGGAGAAGCUGCUGAGAGACGGGACGCUCAAACACCAAGAGAUCGAGGUGGAGGACGCUCUGGAGACUCACACAUAUAAGGUGUCGGUGAGGACGGGCGACAUGAACGGAGCCGGCACUGAUGCCAACGUCUUCCUGACCAUCUACGGAGAUCUGGGAGACACGGGAGAACGAAAGCUCCGCAAAUCUGAGAGCAGCAGUAACAAGUUUGAGAGAGGAGCGGUGGACAAGUUCAGCAUCGAAGCCGUGGACCUCGGUCAGGUGUUUAAGAUCCGGAUACGACACGACGAUUCCCAGGCUGGAGCCGACUGGUACCUGGAUCAGGUGGAGGUGGUGGACGUGGAGACAGAAGAGGUGUACAUGUUCCUGUGUGAACGCUGGCUCUCCAAGAAGAAGGAGGACAAGCGCAUCGAGAGGACCUUCUUCGUCAAGGGAUACGAGGGCGAGAGGAACCCUCAGAACGCAAAGAAGAGCCUGCAGAACUCUAAAGCGGGUCUGGACAGCAACAUGAACAAGAAGAAGAAGAAGAAGAAGAAGGCUGUUAUUAUGGAGGAGGGGCCGAUGAUCCCGUACCACUUCACCGUGUCGACGGGAGACGAUCGUGACGCCAGCACCAGCAGCCGAGUCUACGUCAUCAUCAUGGGGCCCAACGAUCUGGAGACGGAGCGGCUCUGGCUGGAUCUGCCCGACGGGAAGAAGUGCUUCGCUGCGGGAGGAAUGGAGCAUUUCAUGUGCUACGGACUGGAUGUGGGCGAGAUCAAGAGAGUCGAGCUGGGUCAUAAUGGAGCGACUCCGGAGAGCUGCUGGCUGGUGGAUGAGCUGUCUGUGGCCGUUCCCACCAAAGGCAUUCAGUACAACUUCCUGUGCAAGUGCUGGCUGGCCAAAGACAGAGGAGACGGUCUGACGGCCAGAGUCUUCAACAUACUGGACGCCACGACCAUCAGCAUCAUUCGAAAGGUGGUUUACGAGGUGACGGUCGUCACGGGUGACACUCAGAAUGCAGGAACCGACACCAACAUUUUCAUAACUGUGUUCGGGGCCAAUGGGAGCUCGGAGGAGAUGCUCCUUCUGAAGAACGAGGACAGGUUUGAAAGAGGCCAGGAAGACACAUUUAACCUGGAGAUCGAUGACAUCGCGCCCCUGAAAAAGCUCCGCGUCCGCAUCGACGGGACAGGAAGUCGUCCUGAUUGGUUCCUCGACAAGAUGAUCAUGAGAAACCUGACCACGGAGGAGGUGUACGUUUUCACCUACGAGGAAUGGCUCUCCAAGACCAAAGGACCCAAGAGGACGAAGGUCUGUGAACUUCCUGCCGUGGUGGACGACGAGGAGAUGGUGGAGAAAACCACGUACAUCAUUCAGGUUAAAACCAGUGACGUUGCUGCCGCUGGUACUGACGCCAACGUGUUUCUGAUUGUGUUCGGGGAGAACGGCGACACGGGAACGCUGGCACUGAAGGAGAGCAGCAACAGGAACAAGUUCGAACGCAAACAGGUGGACGUUUUCCGCUUCUUGGACGUCCUCAGUCUGGGCGAGCUGUCCAAGGUCCGAGUGUGGCACGACAACAAGGGUCCGGCUCCCGGAUGGCACCUGGAAUACAUCGACGUGAAGGACGACCUGCUCGAUCAGACCUUCCGCUUCCCGUGCGACCGAUGGCUGGCCAAAAGCGAGGACGACGGUCAGAUCAUGAGAGAACUGGCAUGUGCCAAUAACGAUAUUCUGGACCUCAGUGACAAGACCAAGUAUGAAAUCGAGAUCACGACAGCCGGCUCUGAUGACGCUGAGACGAAGGAGAACGUCUGGAUCGUGCUGGAGGGGAAAAAGGGACGUUCGAAGGAGUUUAUGAUGGAGAACCCCAAGAAGAAGAAGUUUUUGCGUGGUGCCACUGAUUCAUUCGAGUUUUCCUCUAAAAAUGUGGGAGAGAUCGUCGGUAUUUGUUUGGGCCAUAUAACGAAGGAGAAAAAAGUCAAGAACGAGUCUUUCUGGCACGUGCAGGAGGUGGUGAUCACGGAGAAAGAGCUGAGAAACAAAUUCUACUUCACGUGUGACGCACGGAUUCCUCUGGCAGCCAAGAAAGACGAGUUCAUGACGUUCGAGUGCACCAAAACCGUGGAGAGUUUCGCCAGCAAAGUCCGCAGUUUGGUUCCCGUCAAAUACGAAAUAAUCGUCAUCACCGGAGACGUGAAGGAAGCCGCCACCGACGCCAACGUCUUCAUCACGCUCUACGGCGUCAACGGAGACUCAGGGAAGCGAGCGCUCAAGCAGAAGUUCAGGAACCUGUUUGAACGCGGUCAGACGGACCGAUUCCUGCUGGAGAUGCUGGAUUUGGGGGAACUCUUGCGGAUCAGAGUGGAGCACGACAACACGAGCACGUCGGCCGGCUGGUUCCUGGAGUGUGUGGAGGUCACCAACACCGCCAACUGGGUGACCACCAUCUUCGUUUGUGGAAAGUGGUUGGACAAAAAUAAAGCCGAUGGACAAACUCAGAGAGUGCUGUAUCCUAAAUAUUAAACGCUGAUGAUUUUGAACUUUGGGACAAUCCAGUAGGACUUAUUUGUACUUUUUUAAAGAAAUUCAAAUAAACUUCCUUUGUACUGAGACGAUGUUGUUGUCUUUAAAUCUGGUCACAUUCUCAAGGUAUCGAACCUGCAAAGUUUGUCAGCUGCCAAAAACUGAGAUGUCUCCGAUUACAUAUUUUCAUAAUGUAGUCAAAGCAGUUUUAAGCAAAAAUAUGUUCCCCUGUGAUUUUAAUACUUCAAUGACUUAUCAACAUUCACGUUUCUGGUUCUCUGAUGUCAUUUAAUGAUCACAUGACAUGCAGCUAAACAAAUGAAAUAUUUCAUCCUUUAGUAAGUGUUUUUAAUUUGAUAUUUUUAUUAUUUAUGAAUAAUUAUUAGCUUUUAGUGUGUUGAAACAUUUGAUGGAAGUCAAUUUAUAAAUGUCAUUUUUUCCCCCCAUUUAUUUAUGACUCCAUUUAUACAGAGAAAUCAUUAAAUGAUCUUGGUUCUCUAAAGCCCAUUUGCCUAGAAAUUGUUUCAAGUCAUGUGUUAUUUUUUAUUCGGAAACAGACAAAGUCUGAUAAUAUUUUCUUGUGGUAAAAAUGUAUUGUAAUUUAAUUGUCUGUCAUUGUCCAAUAGAAAAUGUCAUUAUUUACUUUUCUAUUACUUUAGGCCUCAGUUAGGCAUCUAGUGUGUGUUUUAUCUCACAACACCUUUCUUUUGAGAAACCAGUUUCUUUUGAAGCGUUUCUCCGUCUUGUUUUCCUCUCAAUUUAACUUUUAUGAACACCGCGCCUACUUUAAUAUAACAAAAUGGAAAUGAAGCCUCGUGAAGCUCUGAGGUUUUUCGUUGAUGGUGCCACAAAAAUAUUCUAAAGCAAAUGCUAUAGAUAUAGAAACACUGUUUGCUCCUUUUAGUAAAAGAAACUGCAAUGCGCAAAAUGGCGGAAUAAGUCCCGCC